AUGAAGCACAACCUCGUCGACCUCAAGGCCGUCUGCGAGGCCUCGUAUACGGGCGACUAUGACAAGCUGGAGGGGAUGUUGGCAACCGGCGACGAGAAAACGCUCUUCAACGGCGACUUGAACGGCUUCGUCAACAACGUGGGAGCCUUGCUUGGGUCCUCUGCAGCCCGGAUUUCUUCUGAAAUUACAGAUUUGCAGGUCUUCAGGUUUGUCUGGGCACCUCUGUUUUCAUCCACGCUGUAUUCUCCGACUCAGAUCACCGCGUUGCAAAUGGCCUCAAUGGCUGGGCAGACGGAGUGCGUGGCCCUCCUGCUUAAGGCAGACCCCCACGUCAAGGAGAGCAUGAACUACGGGAAUGAUCCCGAGGAUGGCAAAACGGCGCUGGAGUUUGCAAAGGAAGCCGGCUAUGAUGACAUUGUAGAGGUCCUGGAACAGUCAGAGAAGGACACCCCUUAUGGGUGGUAUGUUCCUUCUGGCGAGGGCAACAACGCCAAAGUCUACGGGUGCUGGCAGUGGGGCAAGAAGCCGCCCAAAGGGUAUUUCUCUUCGAGACCUGGUGCGGCUGAAGCGAACGGCUUCGACCCUAUGAAGUACGGAACCGGUCCUAUCAAGGACGAUGACGACGAGGAGGAAGUCGUGCAGAUUCUGGAUGCGCCCCGUAUCGACCAGCGCGGAAUUUUCUUAGUUUCGGUGUGGGGAGCAGAGAUUAGGUCGCCCUGCUGUUCCCCGGCCAAGGUUCUCAGUGCGUCGCUGUCUGAGAAGCUGGGCACAUCAUGGUCCUGCGGCUACGGGGUUGGUAUGCUCAAGCAGGUCAAAGACAUGCCAGUCGUGAAGGACAUGCUUGACAAGGCGAAAGGCAUCCUGGGCUACGACCUCCUCCAGCUGUGUUUGGAGGGACCAGAAGAAAAGCUGGAGGAGACCAGGUUUUGCCAGCCUGCCAUGUUCCUGGCCGGGCUUGCGGCCGUCGAGAAACUGAAGUCCGACAGUCCGGAGAAUGCCGCCAACUUCAAGGCCACAGCUGGACUGUCGCUAGGUGAGUACACAGCUCUGUGCGUAGCUGGCGCCUUCACCUUCGAGGAGGGGCUCAAGCUUGUCAGCUUGCGUGGCCAAGCAAUGCAGGAUGCAGCAGCAGUGGGAAAGCAGGCCAUGCUCUCGGUGGCCGGCUUUGAGAAGCCCAAGCUCGCAGGACUCUGCGAAGAUGCCCGCAAGAAGGAGGGGGGCAAGGCAGUGUGCCAAAUUGCCAACGAGCUCUUCCCCAAAGGCUUCUCCUGCGCCGGGACGGAGCAGGCCAUUACCCAUCUCAAGGAUCUGGCGGAGAAGGAGGGCGCCCUUCAAGCCAAGAUUCUGAAAACCAGCGGCGGCUUUCACACGUCGCUGAUGGAGCCCGCGAAGCAGAGACUGGCCAAGGCACUGGAUGAGAUGCUCCCCAGCAUGCAGCCGCUGAAGAAGACGGUUUACAUGAACGCCACCGCCGAGCCCCUCACGCCGGGCACUGCCCCUGAGGCAGUGGUUGACCUCCUCAAGAAGCAGCUCACGAGCCCUGUGCUUUGGGAGCCGUCUGUGCAAAAGAUGCUCGAGGCUGGGCUUACCGACUUUUACGAGUGCGGCCCCAACAAGCAAAUCAAGGCGAUGAUGAAGCGAAUCAAUGCCAAAGCCUGGGGCAGCACCACCAACGUAGAAGUCUCUACGGACCCCAUGGAACAUUUCCGAUUUUCCGAUGAAACGGAGCACCUGCAGCAAGAGCUUGCGCGGGUGCGAGCAGCCGACCUCGUACGAUCUGAGCAUCAUCUGGAAGCACUGAGGGUGUCAUCCCACAGGGAAACCCACAAGAAGGUGGAGUGCCACAAGGCGCCUGUGGGCCAAGAUCCAAGGGAGCUGAUCCCGAUAUUUCUGGGGUUCGAGAGGUUGGGGGAACUACUUUCCCACCUACACCCACAGCGCCUGCAAGCUGCAGCAGAAGCCAACCGCGACGUGUAUCUCAGAGCAAAGGACUCUGGCAAGCAAUCCUUGAAUCAACUUUCUCUCAGCCCAUGGCCCAACGGCGAGUCGAACCUGCCAGAUGGAUGCGAAGAUCCUGAUGGGCUGGUAGCAAAAUAUGUCGAGCAAUCGGUGGCCUGGGCGGCGAUGAUCGUGUCACGUUCCCGGUCCAUGUUUGUCGCGGCCCACUUCAAGCAAAAAAGGUCGGGCGCCGCAAAGCUGCUCCACUCCCUUGAGCGCGUCUCUAAACGCAGAGUGGCGAUCACACUCGGAACCUGGAGGCACUCCUCAUACGCUCAGCAGCAAGUGCAGCUGCAAAUGUGGAGCGAGGGAGUUGCCGAAGGGCUUCUCUUCAAGCUUCGACACCUUCAGAGAAAGCACCAGCUGCAUACCAUCUUCAACUCCUGGCACCGGCAGGCGGAACAAGGGUUCCGCCAAUGCCACACCAAAGUCGAGUCCGACAAGAAAGUUCAGCUGAUCCAUAGAAUCGACCGGGUGAGCAGAUUACUGAACAUCCCAGCAUCACCGUGGCAAAGUACCACCGACGGCCACGAGAGUCCGAACGUGAGCCGUGAUCAGGAGCACAGCUGGGAGAGCUGGCGAAGCUGGCAACAUGCUCCGAGGCCUUCGGAAUCACCAUCUCCCCGAGGCCAAAGAUUGCCUCCACAUCGUUCGAUGCAGUCGCUGCGGGACAGGUUUAUUUUAAUGGCAGAUGGCUUGGUUGCAAGUCGUCUGCAUGCUGUUCUUCUCAAGUGGCACAAAGGAUUUGCGACGAGGAAGACGGCAGUGCUUACCCUGAGGAGGGUCUUGCACCAGUGUCUCGAAAGGCGCCGGCGUGACGCAACAUGGCAGUUGCGCUUCCAAAGAUGCCGGAAGGCGACAGAGGCAGAGGCAGUCCAAAGAAGACCUGUCCGACUUACUUCGGAUGCGGCCGUGACUGCCCUCUUGCCACUAACCAUGGAAGAAGGCACUCAGACUUUACAGGUCCAAUCGGAGAAAGGUGUGCAAGCUUUGCCAGUAAGGGAUGUCCUUGCAAACCCUUGGUGUCGGUCCUGGCUCGCGCGAAUUCUUCGACGUGGCCAGCGCCGCUAUCUCACCCGCGCGUGGUGUGCGUGGACCCGUGAGUACGUGGAGCGGCGCCUUGAAACGGUGCUUCAAGCCAGGCUCAGAUCAAGGUUGCAACACGGCCGCUGCCGGUCCACACGAAAGUUCUUUUCUGCUUGGAGCUGCUACCGCCUUCAGCAGCAUCUCGUUCAUGCUCGCCAGGUCAGGUCUGCAAAGAUACCGGCUCUUGAAAUGACAUUCUCCAGGCUGGCAAUGCCAGGGAUUCUCAUGCUCAGGGCAGUGCUGCGAUCAUGGCACCAGACCAUCCUCGCCGAAAGAGAGAGCCUUCGCAGUGUUUUCCGCCGCUGGCAUCUGCGCGCGUUGUGCAAUCGAGCUGCACGGCGUGUACGAAAGCUUCUUGAACGUGAAACUCCCACCUCCCGAAUCCAGGCUUGCUUCGCAGCAUGGAUGACGUCGGUCAAGGCAAGUUGUGCAGAACGUCGAGCUGAUACAAGCGUCGCAGCAAGCAUUGCAAGCUCAGAGCGUGCCUGGAGAGCAUCCCACGAACAAGUCUCCAAGCUCCACAGACGAGCACUGCUUGAAAUGUUGUGGUCCAGAUGGCGGCACCUGGCAGUACAGGCUUCUGCUCAAGCUUCUGCCCGGGCUUCUGCUCGGCUUCGCCUCGGCCAACUGCUGGAAAUGGGCAGAGCACGCAGAGCCCUCCUUCCAUUCAUUGGAUGGAAGAUUCUACUUCUCGCUCGCGCACCCCGUGCUCAGAUUCGAAGGCCUGCGUGCCUGGCGCCAGAGCGCAUCCAAAUCCUUCUGUUGUUCGCGUUCGGCUGGCGGCAGCUCGUCAGGCAAUUGAAGACUGCACGGCGUGGCUCCAGCGGGGCCUCUGGAGCAAGGAGCGCCAAAGUGCUUCUGGUUGUUCUGUGCCGAUGGUCGCACCUGGCACACCAGAGCCGGCAGCAGGAACACGUCGCCAAGUACCUCAAGCUGCUCGCAUGUCAGUUGUCAGCACGGCGCCGGCAUCGCUGCCUCGAGGGUGCCUGGCGAAGCUUCACUAAGAUCUACUGGGUUCGGAAGGCUCGCCAGGCCCAAGCUUUCUUUGACCCAGACGCUGUGGCCACACGCAGAGCUUGGCACUCUGCGAUGCCCUCCGCAGAUGCCUGGGUUCAACACCAGGUACUCCAGGCAUUCCGCGUGGAGGCACAGCGCGGCAAGACCCAGAAGAUGGAGAUCACGUUCCAGAUGCGGGGAAGGGCGCUCGCCCAGCGGGUGGCCAGCACCUUGCUGCUGCUACCAGACUGA